UCUGCCAGCUGUUCACUUGAGGCCAGAUUAAACGUAUUUUUAUUAUAACUCUGGGAGCCGUCUGCUGUCUGCCACCUUUAAUUAACUACAUCAUCUAUCCACAAAAUGAGAAAUCUGUUUUAUUGAUAGAGCAUACCCGUUACCCCUGCUGGCAAGGCAUGGUGCAAUAAGGCCAAUAUAUUAGUGUUUCAAACCAUCAUCACUGGAAGAAAUUGAAGACAGAAAAAGUUAUAUCACAAAAACCUGCUGGAUCAGAAGGAAAAAGAAAGUUCACCACCAAGCUGUUACAAAGGAAAUCAAGAUCAAGAUCAUCCCACGCCUACUACUGGACUGAAGACUCGUUUGUAGUGCAGCGCGCCAGCCGUGGAUGUCGUGAGGGAGAGAGACCCGGCGGAAAAGAGAAAUGCCAAAAGAAAAGUCCAGAGUAAGCUAAAGUGAAGAACAUAGGAAAAGAAAACAUAAAAGCAAAGCCAGUGGAAGCAAAGUGCACAGAAAAACGGAGCUCAGUGCUGGGUGAAGUAUAUAAGUGUGGUACGCAGUGAAGUAACCAAAAGUACCUACGUGGUGAAGUAUUUAAGUGUAAAGAAGUGCCAAGGAGGACCUAAGAAGCGAUAUAAAGCGGAACCGAUAAAAAAAGGGAGGCGAAGAAAAACAGAACAGGACACCAGGGAAGUGGAAUUAAUGACAGCACACUCCUUCAAAGAUUAAGUAGCUCAGAACAGUCGUGCGGCCCCUCCAGGACAGGCGCUGCAAUGGGUAUAUCGGGACUCCUACCCUUCCUGAAGAAAGCUUCGAGGAGGGCACACUUACAAGACUUUAAGGGGCAGACAGCAGCCAUAGAUGCCUACUGUUGGCUGCACAAGGGAGCGUUUUCUUGCGCUGACAAAUUGGUAAAGGGAGAGCCCACUAACGGGUAUGUUGUUUACAUGAUGAAACAGAUUAACCUCCUGCUGACUCAUGGAAUCAAGCCCAUCAUGGUGUUUGAUGGUUGCCAUCUUCCAUCCAAGGCAGUCACAGAAACCAAAAGAAGAGAGAAUCGGGAAAGGAAUCGCAAGCAAGCCAAGGAGUUACUAAGGCAAGGAAGGACUCGUGAGGCCCAGGAGCAUUUCCAACGUUGUGUUGAAGUAACAUCUGAAAUGGCCCACGAGGUCAUUCAUGCUUGUCGGGAGAAGAACAUUGAUGUUAUAGUUGCACCAUAUGAAGCUGAUGCUCAACUGGCAUACCUGAACCUGAGUGGUCUUGCUCAGCUGGUGAUCACUGAGGACUCGGACCUGCUUGUGUUUGGAUGUAAAGCAACUCUAUUCAAGAUGGACAGUAAUGGUGGCUGUGUUUUUGUGGACCAGGAGAAGCUUCAUCUUGCUCUCAACAUUCCUCGGGACAAGUUUUCUUUUGAGAAGUUUCGCAAUAUAACCAUCCUCUCCGGCUGUGAUUACCUUCCCUCCUUGCCUGGCAUUGGCCUAGCAAAGUCAUGCAAGUUUUUUAAUGUGACAGCAAACACAGAUAUCUACAAUGUGCUGUGCAGAGUUCCAUCAUACUUGAACAUGCCAAACCUGGAAGUUACCCAAGAGUACCGGGAGAAGUUCAUGCAGGCCAUCAACACUUUCCUCUACCAGCUCGUAUUCGAUCCUGUCAGCCAAACACUCCGUCCCCUCAAUCAGUAUCCAGACAACAUGGGGCCUGAGGACUUUCCAUAUGCUGGGAAAUUUGUUGGCCAUGAGAGAGCACUUCAGAUAGCUCUUGGGAAUGUCAAUGUUCGGACAGGGGAAAUUGUCGACACCUUUGAUCCAAAUACUUUCAAGACCCCAGCAGUUAAGUCAUCGAGUUGGGACUCACCAAAUAGCAUUCCAUCCAAACAUCAAAGUAUUUGGAGCAAAAGCCCCAUUAAGAGAAAAAUAGAGACCCCCAGCCUCUUGAACCCAGGAAGACCAUCUACUAGUGGAAAGGAAGUCACGGUAACUGUGCCACUCCUCAAGAAAAAGGUUGAAAUGGUGCCUCAAGAGGAUGACCUAACAGAGGAAUGCCUGCAGAAUAUGUAUUCCCAACCACAUAAACGACAGAAGAUUGACGCAUCACCUGAGAGGCUGGGUGAGACCAGUGCCAGGGAUUGCAAGUCAAAGUCACCUGGUGAAGGCAACCAUGACAAAGAUUCAACUGUUUUUUGUCCCAAAGAGGCUGAAAAAGAUAAUGAUAAUGAUCUUGUUUCUACAACACCACCUGAAACUGACAGAGUUAGAAAUCCUUUUGCCAAACAAAUCAUAAGCCCAAAGAAGUAUGCUGUGUCUAACAAUCAGUUUAGUGCCAUAAGGAAGUUCAGCAGAAUGAGGAAAACAGUAAUUGACUCAAGCACUGUUGUACAGAGCAGGUACUUCUCAUCUUCAGUUCUGAUUUCAUCAGGCACUUCUGAAGCAGAUCUUCACUCAGAACCUAACAAACUACAAAAUCAGGAUGUAGAUGGAUCACCAACAAAAUAUUGUGAAAUUAAAACGGAGGAAUCAAAGCAACCAGCAAAUUCUUCCAGAAGCAAAAGUUUAACUUCUUUAUCUCCAACUUCAUAUCCAGUCAUGAUCAAUUCCAAAACUCCAAAAACAAAUAUUUUUCAGUGGAAACAGUUUUCUUACCAGAGCUAUAGUAAUAAAGAAAUUAAAAAAAGUUCAGCAGCAUCAGACACAUUCAAAACUGUAACUCCAAAAAGUAAUUGUGAGCCAAUACAAGAUGAGCACCCAGAAACAAUUAAAGAUGAGCUAAUUCUAUCUGUUGGAGACACAGUGAACCAAGAAAAAAAGAUGAUGGAAGAAGUUAGCACCUCCUCACUCCCCUCCUCACAAGCAUCUUCUUUGUAUAGUGAUGCCGCAUCAAUAGAUAAUGAAUCAUUUGAUUUGACGCCCUCUUUGCCAACCACCCUUGAGAGUUCCGAAGUUACACCACUAAGGGAUGCUACAAACUGCCCACUGGAGCCACACAAUUCUAUUCCCUCUCAAGAUGACCCUCAAGGUUCACUUCUCAUGAACAAGAAUAAAUGCAGGACUCCAGGAUUAUCACGAACUAAUAACAAAAGAAAGGAAAUUGGGAAAAAGCAACUCAGCUUGACCGAGAUGUUUAAAUUCAAAAGAGAGGGAAGAAAGCCACACUAGCAUCUGAGGGUGUCUCCGUCUGCUGCAACUGAAACAUUAAGUAAGUUUUCCAACUGCUUGACAUUAUCUAGAUUCUAGAAUGUCAGGGCACUACAGAAUAUGAUCGUUUUUCAUCAAUACCACCAUCUUCAAAAUCACUUCUUUUUGAAAAAGCUACCUGAAAAUAAUUUAACUAGAAUAAGAAGAGAAAACAUUCCUCAGGGAAGGAAAGAGUACACCUGUCCCCUAUAUGUGCCAGGUCACUAUUUCCAGAUUCGCACAUUCAUGGGUUUUCCCUCAAUUGCACAAAAGUGGCCACAAAGGAAUUUUCAUGGCACCAUUCCAAACAUUCAUGGUCCGGCCACAGAGGAUUCAGUGGUUCCCAAAGAAAGAACAAUGUAUACAUGCUUAAAGCAGUAUAAGAUAUCAUAUAUAGUGUGAGGGCAACUACCAACUGAGUGGCGAACGACUGGAGCACUCUUGCUGCUCGUUCACAUUCUGCCGUUCAACAGGUGUACAGUAGUCCCUCUAUAAUAUAUGCAUGUUCUUUUAAUGCAUGGUUUCUGCCAUGCAUGGUUCAGCAUGAAAAUAAAAGCUAUUUAUAAAAUUACCAGAAUUAAACAAAAAAUUGAAGCUAUGUGCUUUAUUAACAUAAUUAUUUAUAUUAAACACAUUAAUAUAUAAAUGAAAUUAAUGAAUGAAAAUAUUAAAUGCUAGAAAAAAUUGACUCAAAACUGCAAGCAGUUGCUUAGCUGUUACAAGUAAUCAAACAGACGCCAGCAGUGGCGAUGCAGUGUUCAACAUUUUCUUUUUCAACUUUCUGGUCAGGCAAAAGUAUCAUAGUACUACAGAUUUUGUAUGUAUUUGACUUCAGUACAUAUUAUAUUUACAUGCAAAUGUAGGUUACAGCAUGAGACAGCAAUAAACAAAGGUCCAGUUAUGCAUGGCCCAGCAUGAAAAAAGUUAAAUAUAAAGUUAUGAGAAUAAAAAAAAUUACAUAUUAUAUUUAGUAUUUAGUAUUUAUAUUAGCAUUCAUGAGGCACUCCAAAAAGAAAAGGCGACCUCGCCACCAAGAGUAAACAGGUUUUUAGGUUCCUUCAGAAGCACACUAAUUUCCUCUAGAUGAUGGUGAGUUCACCUCUUUGUUACUGAAAACAGCAGGUAAAUACAGCAAGGCUAAUCAAGCUUUCCUUGCCCCCAUGUGGCUGACUGGCUAUCGAUCGUGGAUUUUCUCAAAACAUAGCUUUGGCAAGUUUGUCCUUUCUAUUUUAUAUGCCUCGUAUCAAUACAAUCAAACCUCAAUAUCUGCAGGGAUUAGAUAGCAGACGCACCUGUGAAUGUUGAGGAUCCACAGACAUCUGAUAGAUUCAUACAUACAGUAACCACUAGCGUGGUUACUGCAAGUCUGAAGGUGCAAGGGAUGGUGGCGGGGUGUGCAAUGACCCGCAAGUACUACAAAUACCCAAAUCUUCAACUUUAUAAUAUCCACAAGCUACUCCAUGGGUCCAUUGAUGUUAAAUCCAUGGAUGUUAAGAUUUGACUUUAUUAGUGUAGGGGCAGGCCUAUCUGGAUGACUGUUGCAGUGCCCUCAACUACCUGAGCUGUAUCUGCCUUUCCCUCUUCCUGAAUAAUUUUUCUCUUCAUUGGACCUGCCAAACACUGAGGGCAGGUUGGUGCGCCCGUGACCUUAGUCCUCCCACAUGUUUGCUGUAUGUGGCAUCCCUGUAAAGCUGGGAGGAAGGAGUCCUGGAGGUUGAGCAAUGCCAUAGUUGUGGGCUGCAGCUAGCAACACACCUCUGGCCCCUUAUCCCAGCAAAGACAGGUGGCUUCUCCUGGCCCAGAGAGGUCAAUCUGAUCGUCUGCAUGACCAUGACCCAAGUGGCCUCUACUGUCAGGUACUGGUAGCUUAUUAUCUCCUGCUACCCCUGGGGCUGUUGGGCUUAUAGUUCCAGUGAUCAGCCUCCCCUUAUAGGGCUCCAUGGUAGAUGGGGGCUUAGGAAAAAGUAUUCUUCCUCGAAAUGUUUAUGGCAUCCAGCACUGUCUGGUCUAUGGAAGAGGGGGGUAGGAGAGCACUACUGCCUUGCCAACCACACCCACACCCUUUUCUUGGGGGCCACCAGGUUGGUGCAGACAAGACACAAGCUUGUCGAGCCAGGCCCAGAGGUACCUCAGACAGGUUUUCUGCAUGGAUGCUAGAAACAUCCUGAGCCUCUUGGAGGAUUAGCAAUAAUCCCAUCUAUCAGGUGAACUCAGGAGCCUGAGAAUGGACUUAGUGGGGCUCUCUGAGAUGAAGAAACCUGGCUAUGGAGGAUCAGUAGUGGAGGUUAUAGGUUGUACUUACUACUGGUCGGACCAGACCAAUGGUGUCCAUCUCGAAGGAGUAGCUGAAGCCAUUUCUAGCUGAUUGCAGUCCUCAGUAGUUGGAGUUACUCCAGUUGAUGAGUGUAUGAUGAUGAGGUUGAAGCAUACCUUGGGUUCCAUAUUUCUUAUUCAGGGGUUCUCAACCUAGGGAAUCUACCCCAAGUUGGGUAAUUUGGUCUUUUCUGUGGGGUAAUGGGGAGACAGAGGGCAACCAAGAAAAAAUUAUAAAAUCAUACCCAUUGUGUUGGGCUUCAAAUUAGGACAGGCUGAAUAUGUUCUUUUUUGCCUUUUUUUUUAUCCCAGCUAGUUACCUUUGCACAAUAUACCACAUCCAAAUGUAUUAAUAAGUUUUCAAAAUAUGGGUGCUAAAAUUCAAUUGUGGAAGCAUGAGCAAUGAGGGAUAAUGAGUGAAAGGAGGUGUGAAAAAUGGGGUAAUGGGUAAAUAAUGAUUUGGAACCCCUGCUCCUAUUGCAGUGUAUGCCCCUACCAAUAUGUGUGAAGUUCAGGAGAAAGAGAUGUUCUAAGACAAGCUUGACUCUAUAGUCGAGUAGUCCCCCCUGCGAGUGGCAUAGAUGCAACAUGGCCCUGAGCACCUCAUGGCCAAAUGGACAUGUUUCCAGUUCUGGGAAGAGCCUAGAAAUGCAUUGUGCCACGUACCAAUGAUAACAUAGAGCACAUAUUACGUCCUAUAAAUCGCUAGUUGACUGGAUAUUGGAGAGAUAUCUCAAAUUCUUCUCAUCUCACUGGGAGAAGCCACCAUUAGCUCGUGAUGUCAUCAGGCUGAAGCGGAGUACAGCAGACGACAGUACCAGUGUUGUGUCCAUUGUUUAUUAAUCAGCUAUGGCCACUCCACCUCCAAACUGCACCCAACAGAUAUGUUAUAGGUGCUUACUGAACACCUUAAGAGUGUUGGAAAUAUGCUAUGUUAUAAAAAUGGGAGUGAAAUCAACCGAUUCGCCUCUGCUCUGCAGAAAAUAGUUGAGUUCACGAUUAAAAGUUAGUCCGAGGGGGAACUAAAGAUAAUAAUCAAGGUUGAAUUUAUAUUAGUAUUAUGGAAACUUACCUAGCCUAACAUAGAUAAAACAAUGGCUCAGGAAUGUCAGAGAGAGAGAGAAUCAAUGCCUGAAGAUGAAUAAGAAGAAAACGAAUGCAGACCAAUAUUUUAUAAUCAGAGGACGUGACAGUAGAGAGAAUAGUUGAGUUCACGAUGAAAAGUUAGGCCGAGGGGAAACUAAAGAAUAUUACUGCAGGAUUCACUAGCACAGACAGAAAUGUCUUACAUGAAGUAUUUUUGUCCGUAUAUAUAUACUCUUGCUCAUUGGCAUGAAUCACCAACGACUGCAGGUUACGUCUCCAGGCAUUGCUAGCUGCUAGAAACAUACACCACAACACGAAAUCUCGGAGAAACAAAGUUGGCGGCCUCCCAACUACCUCGUGGCGUCACAACCAGCACCCGUUUCCAAGUCACAUGAUUUUUCUUCAACUUUAAUCCAUAUUUUAUACCACAAUUACUAUUUUACAUGAAGAAAAAAUAGUACCAUAGCUGAAUUUAGGCCCUACUCUAUCCAUACAGACAGAAUUUGAAAUAAAUAUGUUGACCAGAAACAUGUCCAUUCUCCCUAUCUAUGGUUCUGGAAGGCUAGAGUGAGACAUAUCAACAUGAGAUUGAACUAUAAAAUCUGUAGUCGGAGAGGUAGAAUAGUAAUCAUGGGGGACAGUAUGCUGCACUUAAAAUUAAACAGACUUUUGUUGUAAAAUACAAUAAGUCAGACAUAUUCAUAAAGAAAACCCAAGUAUGACUGAUACAUUUUAUUAUUACCUCAAGCAUCCAUACCAGUGAAAAUACUCCAGAGUCAUCUGGCUUAUGUUCAAAGUAAUAGUAUCAUAAUGGCACAUAAAACUCCCUAAAUGUUAUGUGGCUAAUGAGAAGGGGUGGGGUAAUGCAGAGCAUUAAAACACACUCUGCAGGAUAAGGCACAAGUGUUCUGGUUAAACCAUUUUGUUUUCAGGCCUAGGUUUUUGGAGGAACAGUUUUAUGGUAGAAAUCAAUGGCUACUUACCAAAGCUUAAUAUCAUAUUCAGUACAUCCUUGCUUGAAUAAUAACAAAUUCUUAAUUCAAAUAAAGCACCAUUCAUAUUUACUGCAACACAUUUAGAAAUGUUCUUAUAAAACCAUGAUAAAAUUCUUCAAGUACACAGGCUCAUGUAAAAAACUGAUUGCAGUACCUAACAACAUUUUCUUAAAGAUGAUUUUUAAAUAGUAUUAAAAGGCUUCCCAGACCUACAAGUUACCCCACUCCUCAGUGAACACAACAAUAAUAAAAUUACUGACAUCAAGAAUGUUAUCAUCUAAGGAGCAAUGCAAUACUUUACAUAUGACCAAUGAAUCUGUCAACAUUAAAGCAUAUAAUUAAGUAGGAAUUACUGCAUACUCUGUAUAGAUGAUAAAACAAAAGACAUUGUGAAUAUAGCACAGGUAAGUAGCCAUCAGAGCUACUACACAAAGGCUUUGGCUUCAAAACAAGGGUUCUCCUACCUAGAGCUUACUUAUCUUUAAUUUAAAAGAUGAACUGCAUCAUGUCUUACAAAAUUAAUCUAACAUCCCUCCAAAUAAAUAUUUGCUAUGGUAACUUCAACACACAGAAAUGUAGAAGUAAAAAAAUAAUGUAAAAAUACUUCCAAGUACUUCUGCAACAGGAUUUUUUUUUAAUUAUCAUUGGUCCAAAACUACUGAAAAAUGCCAAUAAUUUUUGAGCACCACCAUAGGAACACAAAAAAAAGUAUAUUACAGUAAUCCUCUAAAUUCCCUUUGAAAUAAAUAAAUAAAUGACAGCAAAUUUACAACUUGUAACAGUAAUAUUGAUAUUUAAUAAAUAAUUCCCUUACAGGUUCUGGUCUCAUGGCUACUGCAGCUGAAUUAUUAUAAAAAUGUAGCCAGCAUAACAGAGCAACAAACAUGGCUUAACCAUUUACUAACCACUUACAAAAUUUGAGUGUUGGCUGAAGCAUUCACCCAUAUCACCCCUGUUGACCACACAGGCUGUUCAUUUCUCUUCUUAUUAAUGAAUAUUAAUAUAUUACUUUUUAUUUAAUACAGACCUAUCAUACCACAUCCACAACUUUUAAAAAAUCUGCAUGUCAAUGCCUUUGUGUUAUGCAGUCCACUUAUAUUAUGAAAAAUGUUUCAAUGUAAUAAGUAUUAAAUCAACUUUCUUUAAUCACCAAAUAAUCAUGGACAAAAUAAUUAAUACCAGGUGGAAGAAACAUUGUGAACUGCAAUCUAAGACAAUAUGAGAUCUAAGUCUGAAUUCCCAAUCCACCAGAACAGCAGCAUGGGCUCAUGGUGGGCCCCUUUCAGCUACAGUCUGUUCAAACCAAUUGUUUCUCUGGCACUUAAGCAGCAUUUGUAACAGCGCACCUGAUUGGCUGGCCUUCACUCUCGGUCUCACAGAAGUGAUGGUCCAACACACAUGCUCUUGGUGUUACAUGCUUUUGUAUUAUUUACCUUUGGUGAACUUUUAUGCAAGAUAAACAAUUUUACUCAACACUAUUAGACGCAACAGUGAUCAUAAAACCUAAUUAUGCUCGUUACAACUCGGUAAAACCAAAAGUACAUAAAUAAUAAUGUGUUUAAGUUAAAGAACAGGUCUCUCUCUCUCUCUCCUUAGGACACCACCAAGCCAUAUGUAAUAAUAGAGGGCCUUAUAGCCUCCUAACUGCAGUAGCCUAUAACAUCACCACUCAUCCUACUACUCCACAACAGGCCCAAAAUACUUUUACCGAAACCUGACAGUGCAUUUGGUCGUGUCAAGGUUUGGUAAAGGCCUUUUUUGGCCCAUUGUAGAGGCAUGGCUGAGUGGUUAUGUUACAAGCUACUGCAGUUUGUUAGGAGGCUACGAGGCUCUAUUAUAUUAUUACAUAUGCAUCAGUGGUGCCCUGAGGAGAGAGAGAGAGAGAGAGAGAGAGAGAGAGAGAGAGAGAGAGAGAGAGAGAGAGAGAGAAGAAUCAGCUGAUUGGGGGCGGAGCGUGUUGAGGAAGGACUGCUGUUCCGUCGCUUCCAUUUAGUUAACUCAUGUGGUCCCAUUGUAUGUCAAUAUUUAGGUGAUGGUCUGGUGGUAUCACAUCCCCUCAGUGCCUCAGUAAGUACAUACAUACUUACAUAGCUGUAGUCAGGAGAUGCAUUUCUGAGUGUAUAGUAACUAUGUAAACAUGUUUGGUUGAACGGAAUUACCUGAGAAUCUUUCAGAAUAUACCCUAAAUAUCUAGAAUUUCUAUUUAUCCAGCACCCCUCGAUUCCCAUAGUUGCUGGAUAGUUAUCAUUUUACUGUAAAUGAUGUUUGUAGCAAAUAUUGAGUUAAUACUGAUAUAAACCAUUUCAUAUAAUGGAGACUUGUAAACAUGACUGUAGAUAAAAUGUGAUAAAAGUGAAAUGAAAGUUGGUGGGGGUGCGUGCCCUUCAUAUAGCCUACUAUGUUGUGUACACAUUAAACCAAUGCUUGCUUACUACUGACCUCAGCUUUCUCAUUUUUCAUUCCUCACAUGGUUUCCUUAAUUUCCACUCAUUUUUGUACUAAUAAAAAAUGUACAGAUUUUAUAUGAUGAAGCAAGCGUUUGUUUCAUGGAUUACCCGGGUAGGCUCCGAAGUAGGAAGUGACUAAUUUUCACUUAUAUCAUGUUGUGUCUAUAUUGUGGCUGUAAGUAUAUGUCAUGUUCACGACUCUUUGUAGUAUGAAAUGGUUUAUAUAAGCACUGACUCAAUAUUGCUGUAAAUACCAUUUACAUGUAAAAGUGUUGUAAAGAUUCCAAACCCAUUCUUUAACUUAUACUCAUCAUUAUUUCUUUCCUUUUUGUUUUACCAAGUUGACAAGCAUAAUUCAGAUCUACAAUCACUAAGAGGUGAGUAAAGGUAAAUAAUAUAAAAAUAUGUAAUGGAGAACCAAUCAGGUGCUUAGGCAUCAGAGGAACAGUUGGUUUGAACAGACUAGAGUAAUAUUUUACACUGGAUGUCCUCUUGCAUACUCACUUUUAUCUAUUGUAAUCCCUCAUAUAUGAAGGCAUUAUAACAAUUCUCCAUCAAUGUAUCCUUGACUUCAGAUCCUUUUCUUUUUCAGAGUUCUAGAAAUUACCAUCAAAAUCAAAUGAAGUGAGGACUACCAGCAAAGCCCCUCUGGGCCCAGGCCGUGAGGCAUCAGAUCAGUCUGGCCUGGAGGGGCUAAUAAACCUACCAGUGACUUGUAAAGCUAUGAUCAACCUCACUAGUGGGAGUUAAUAAGCAGUCACUCUGCAUAGGAACUACACUGAGCAGAAAUAUCAUUAUAAAAAAUAUUAAGACAAAAUUAUAAUUAUUAAAACGGCUACCCACAGAGCCAUGCAAUUCUAUUAACAUUACCAAACAUAUUUUACAACUAAGAAAACUAAGGCUAACUCCUGCAUCUACUUAAAAUUUUGUCCUCACUCAUACACCUAUUCCUCUACAUAUAGGAAUUUAUAUUAAUACAAUUGUACACCUUUGUACAGAUAUUUUGUACAGCAGACAUACCCUCCCAGCUUUUUGCAUUUUAUGAUAAUGACAUUUGAAGUGAAAGUCAAUGUGGAAAGUGUUUGUGAGUAGAUUUUUUUUCUUUCUUAUUCCAAGGGCAAAAAAUGGGAAAAUUUAUUAUUUGGAACAUACAAAAACUAGCAACAGGCACAAGACAAAGGCAUGGUUGGUAACAACCAGGGCAGGUUAUGGGAAAGCAGCAAUGGCUGGACAGCUGGCUGGUUACUAGUGAGCAAUGGACACAAUGUAAUAGCUCUUAAUACAAAUAUUUACAGAGUUCACACACACACACACACACACACACACACACACUUUUGACUAAACAACUGA